GUUCCACAGGCUAUACGAUGUUCCACAGGCUAUACGAUGUUCCACAGGCUCUACGAUGUUCCACAGGCUAUACGAUGUUCCACAGUCUGUACGAUGUUCCACAGGCUGUACGAUGUUCCACAGGCUCUACGAUGUUCCACAGGCUAUACGAUGUUCCACUGGCUGUAUGAUGUUCCACAGGCUGUACGAUGUUCCACAGGCUAUACGAUGUUCCACAGGCUGUACGAUGUUCCACAGGCUAUACGAUGUUCCACAGGCUGUACGAUGUUCCACAGGCUGUACGAUGUUCUACAGGCUCUACGAUGUUCCACAGGCUGUACGAUGUUCCACAGGCUCUACGAUGUUCCACAGGCUGUACGAUGUUCCACAGGCUGUACGAUGUUCCACAGGCUGUACGAUGUUCCACAGGCUGUACGAUGUUCCACAGGCUGUACGAUGUUCCACAGACUGUACGAUGUUCCACAGGCUCUACGAUGUUCCACAGGCUGUACGAUGUUCCACAGGCUGUACGAUGUUCUACAGACUGUACGAUGUUCCACAAGCUCUACGAUGUUCCACAGGCUCUACGAUGUUCCACAGGCUGUACGAUGUUCCACAAGCUCUACGAUGUUCCACAGGCUAUACGAUGUUCCACAGUCUGUAAGAUGUUCCACAGUCUGUACGAUGUUCCACAGGCUGUAUGAUGUUCCGACGCUGGAUACAAAGGAACUCUGUAAUCAUCAUGCGCGUUCUGACUAUGAAGUGGUUAACGUUCUUAACAUCAGUUUCAACUUCCAGAACAACUGACAUUACAUAGGGUUCAGCACUUGGAAUCAAGUUGGGAAUUCAGUAUUUUUAUAUAUAUUGUGGUUUCUGGGAAUACGAUUUGAAUAAAUCCAUUUAUGGUGUCAUUUCUUUGUAUGGGAGUUUGAACAAUGACAGCGUUAUGCUAUAUGCUUUUGAUUUCCCUGUUGUAAGACAAGGAUGUAAUGGUGCUACGUAUCCUGUGGUACGUCAUUUCCCCUUUAUUGACUGAACGAG